UCUUCCUACUUCUUGAUCCUGAUGUCAGAGUUUUACGCGCCAGUAGUUUUGAAGGUGUUAGUAAUGAUAACGAUCUUAGAUGUUGUGAAGUCAGCCCAAACAGCACCUACCAUUACCUGGACAAGUUACCUGCAACACCAAGCUCUACGCUUUGCCUAUCAAUUGAACGGACAUUCCGUCCAGAAACGAGGUACAGAUAGACAAGGCCAGGCUAAACUAGCCUUUGAACAGUGUGGAGAGGAUGGUGAUCCGGUCUAUGUGAAAAAUUUUAUGAUUGAACCAAAUCCAGUGGUAGUACCAGGACCUAUUGGUGUGGGAAUGACGUUAGACGUCAAACAGAACCAGACGGCUCCACUUCCUGGUGAAUAUAAGUUGUUACCUGUUGUCUUCCAAAUUUCACGCCUCCCAGAUUCUGUGCCAACCUAUCUGUUGGAAGGUCAGUUUUACAUCAAGGCCGAGUUAAUAAAAGAGGACAAACAUCUUGCUUGUUACUCAACAACUAUCACACUGGAACUCUGA